GACAACUCCUGCUGCUGCGACUGGAGGCGAGAGAGCCGCCAUAACCCGAAGGUUCAGACAGCAGUGACGACGAAGAAGAAGAGAAGUACGCUGCAGCAGCAGCACAUGCCUCACAAAGAACGCCAUAAUUAGAAUCCCUUCGCAGAAGUUUCUUCUCCCAUCCCCAGGAGGACGAGGACGAGGGGAGGCGAGGAUCCAGACACGACUCCUCUCUCUCUCUCUUUUUCUCUUUCUCUCUCUCUCUCUCUCUCUCUCUCUAGAGCAGAGCAGAGCAGAGCGAGGCAGGCUCGAGACGGGGGAGGACGAAGGGGCGAGCAGCUGGUAGAUAGACCCACGAGUCCAUCAUAACCUGAGCAAUGAUGAUCGACUGCAAUCCACCCAUUGAAUUGAUGAAGCAGCCGGGCCUGGGAAAAAGCUCCCUUUCCGAAGACGGAGGAGGAGAGACUUCGUCGUAGCGACCGUAGCUCUGAAUUUCCCCCGCCCCGGACGUAUAAAGGAUGGCAAGGGCCCCGCCCUCCAUCAAGGCGCGGUCUGAAAAGGGUUGUGUGCACUUUGCUGCGCUAGGCCUGACCGGUGCCUGCGAAAGGCCCCACCGACCAGCGCGGGCUGCAGCCGGUUCCAGCACGGGCGGGCGGGCAAGAGAGGGGUGGGCAAGGGCUGGGGGAGCCCCUUCGUCUCUCUCUCUCUCUCUGCCUAUCUCUGCGCCCGACGGAGGAACGAGGGGGGGGGGCGCCCGAUUGACAUUGGCACACUCUGCCUCUCUCAUUCUCCUUCUCUCUCCCUCUCUCUGUCUGUGUGGGUCUGUCGGUCGCUUGCUCGCUCACUCGGGCCUCCUGUUCUCCUCUCUCUCCUCCUCUCCCCUCUCCUCUCGAGAGCUGAGAGGAGGAGAGAAGACGAGAAUUGAGCAGCAGAGGCCUGGACGUCAUCAGCCUCAUCAGCCGCGCGCCAGGAUACAGAGCACCUUCGGCAGGCGCAACAGGGGAAGGGAAGCGAGCAGUGCGUUGUCGUCGUCGUCGUCGUGCCGCUUCUGCUCGUGUAGUGCAGUGCAGUAAUAGCGGAAGGGGCAACGUCGCUCCCUCUUGUUCUCGUCCUCGUCCUCGUCUUCUCCCCUCUCUUUUUUUUCUCUCUCUCUCUCUCUUUCUUUCCUCAUUCCCGCAAUCGGGCUCAGACUCGUCCUCGUACCUUUCUUUCGCCUGUGCAUGUAGUCCGUCGUCUGCCAUCGGAUUGCUCACGAACGAGUGCUGCCGCAGAGAGAAAGUGAGAGAGAGAGAGAGGGGUAGAGGUCCACGUUCCGAGGCGGGGGAAGGGGAGGGGGAGGGGGAGGGGCAAGAUUUCUUUGGAUGGGGGAGAAGGGCAGACGAUUGCCGAAUGGUGAGAGGGAGCGCGCAGGAGGAAGAGCCCGAGACCAGAGUGGACAGAAUCUACGACGCCAAACCGAAGCGCGUAAAGCGAGCCCCGGCCACGGGCCGGAGGACAUCGUAGAGAGGAGGAGGCGGGGGCUGCCCGAGCUUGGCUCGAGUGCAUGAGCUCGAGCGAAUCGCAGGUGCCGGCAGUGGAGCUACGGCCUCGGCGCUGGGCUGGGCUGGGCUGGGCUCAAUGCGGUGGUACUUGUGGUUCAGGCCCGUGAGAUUGCUUCAGCUAGGGAGGCGAUUACGAUUUUGAAUGUAGACAGGACGGGAGGGAAGGAAUAAGGACUGGAGAAGUGUAUUCGAUGGCAGGGUACGACCCCACCACGCCCGGUGGCAUGAGUCAGGAUAAUGCAGUCAUGGUCUUAGCAGCUGGAUCGAUGGGCGACUCCGACAAUCCGAAGAAUCGCUCGCACCGCAAAGGUAUGUGGACCGUGGCCGAGCUGCUGGUAAUGCAGGCCUCGCGCCGUGAGGAUUUCGAGCGCCAGGCCAAGGGAGGGAUCGGUGAGAAGCACAGGUCGGCUCAGGAGCGGUGGAGGUGGAUAGAGGACCAAUGCUGGGCUCAAGGAGUGAAGCGGAGCGCUGCCCAGUGUCAGGACAAAUGGGAAUGCAUCGCCGCCGAAUUUAAGAAAGUGAAUGAUUACGAGAAGGCCAUUCCUCCCGGGCAGCCAUCCUACUGGCAAAUGGGUUCCGACGAUAAGAAGAAAUACAAGCUGCCUCCUAAUUUUCACGAAGAAGUGUUUCUAGCACUCCGAGAUUGGUACGGCAAGACCAAUCUGCGAUCAAUCGAACCUGUGACUAUUUUGUUCGAUACUCCUGCUCCCUCAAGGGCCGGUGGUACCGAUCUCAUCACCGGAGGUUUCCACGGCAAUUCAGCCGCAGCCAAUCUGGAUUUCUCUGGUUCCCCGGGAGGAGAAUCGGACGAGAAUGAUACUGGACGAUCGAGCAAGAGAAGAAAGUCCAUGAUAAAGAUGGCUGAUAGUCUUGCAGCUGUCCUGGAGCGCAACAAUAAGAACAUGGUGGCUGCACUGCGCGAAUCGGAGAAAAGGAAGGACAUCCGGCAUCAAAAGACGCUGGAUUUUGAGAGGGAGAAACUGAAGGCCACCAUGGAGCUGCAGUUGCAGCUGGGGAAUGGAUAUAUAGGUGCGUUGGCGAAAAUUGGUGACGGGUUGGACAAAAUCGGCAGUGCAAUGUGGGCCCACGGACGACCCUGAACCACCUGGAGUUUUCAGAAUUUUACAGGUCUGCAGGCAACCCCGUGGUGUGUGUGUCGACAGCGAUGGAAGCAGCAUAGCUGCACUGAUUAAUAGCUCUAGAAAUCUAUUGGAGGCUGGCUGGUUAGAGUCACCGCUCUGCCAGUAUCAUUUGAACGGCUGAUCCUGUGUUGGAAAUUCCAACACAGAAGGAAGGAGAGCCACACCGAGGCCAUAUAGGAUUGCUCACCCCUCGGUACAUCAUUUCUCCAAACCUGUAAAUAGCUACGGUAGUAAGCCGCUGCAUGGCACAGACCACCACCAACGUUCUAAAUGUGUCUUGGGACCUUGCUAGGAGAAAAACAUGCAGAAAACGCAUGCUCUGUAUAUCUUAUUUCCAUUCUUUGUAUUGUAUUACUGUACAUGGUAGAUAAGUGAGAAUCAUGAUCACCAUCAUUAUAAUUGUGAACUAAAGAAAUUGUGAACUAUUUUUUUCAGCUCU